UUGCCUUCUGGCGCCCUCUAAAGGGAGAAGCUGAAAAAUAUGAACUUGGCUAAAAAGAGAGCUGCGCUCUCGCUAGAUGGCAGUAUUGGUAACAUUAGUGGUUUCUCCAGUCGUAUUAUGCACAAGAAGAAAAAUAUUAGUCACAUUUGACUCAAACAUUGACAGAAAAUAGAAGCCAAAUGGGAGAUUCUGCUAAAAUGUGAUCAUGUUCUCUCUCACAGUGUGUGUUUUUUGGUUAUUAGUUAGUAAUUAAACUGUUUUGCCGCCAUGUUGGUUUGGUUGAAGAUCUGCAGUCGGUGUUUUCUGCGGAGUCGUGUUCUUCAAAGAGGGUUUCAGUCUGUUACAACAGUCAGACACAGAUGGGCUGAGCCCCAGGUAAACUCAGCCGCUGUGUACCGAUGGUGCUCCACUGUUCAGGGCGAAGUGAGGGUCCGGUUUGCCCCCAGCCCCACAGGCUUUUUGCACCUUGGAGGUCUCAGAACUGCUCUCUACAAUUAUAUUUUUGCAAAGAAAUAUGGAGGCGCGUUCAUCCUGCGACUGGAGGACACAGAUCAGAGCAGGCUGGUUCCAGGAGCAGCAGAGUCCAUAGAGGACAUGUUGGAGUGGGCUGGUAUUCCACCAGAUGAGAGUCCUCGUCGGGGAGGACCCUGCGGUCCAUACCUCCAGUCCCAAAGAUUAGACCUCUACAAUCAGACUGCCAGGAAGCUUGUAGAGAGUGGUCACGGCUACUACUGCUUCUGCAGCCCUCAGAGGCUGGAGCUGCUGAAAAAAGAGGCUCUAAGGGCCGGCCAGACACCACGCUACGACAACAGAUGCCGUCACCUGCGAGCGGACCAGGUCCAGGAGAAGCUGGCUCAGGGAGUGCCGCAUGUGGUCAGGUUUCGACUAGAAGCCGGCGUCGAGCCUUUCCAGGACCUGAUCUUCGGAUGGAACCGCCACGAGGUGGCCCAGGUGGAGGGCGAUCCAGUUGUGAUUAAAGCAGAUGGCUUCCCCACCUACCACCUGGCCAACAUUGUGGACGAUCAUUACAUGAAGAUCAGCCACGUUCUGCGAGGAUCCGAGUGGCUCAUCUCGACCUCCAAGCAUCUCCUAAUGUACCGCGCACUGGGAUGGACGCCGCCCACCUUCGGACAUCUGCCGCUUCUGAUGAAUAGUGAUGGCAGCAAGCUGUCCAAGAGGCAGGGGGACAUAUUCAUUGAAAACUUCUGUAGGGAAGGGGUUCUUCCUGAGGCUCUGCUGGAUAUCACAACCAACUGUGGAUCUGGAUUUACCUCCAAUCGAAUAGGACGGAGGUUAGAGGAACUGAUUUCUGAGUUUAAUCCUUCAAAGAUCACAACUCACUCUGCUUUGUUAGACCUGGAGAAGCUACCAGAGUUCAACAGAAUUCAUCUGCAGCAGCGAAUUGAAGAUGAGCAGAAGUGUUGUGUGCUUAUAAAAGAUCUACAGCAGCAAAUCCAGCAGGUUUAUGCUGCAGAGAUCCAGGAUAAAGAAGUGCUUGAAGGAAAUUAUAUUAGACGUGUGCUACACCUCCGUAAGGGUCACAUAACUUCCCUGAAGGAGCUUGUGAGCCCAACUUACUCCUAUCUGUGGGUGCGCCCUUCCCUCUCCAUCCAGCAGGUGGCAGCACUGACCAAGGAGGCUUCUCAUAUUGCGUCAUUAGUUCUGAGGUUAAUAGAAGAGCAGGGAGAGGAGCUGUCACUGGACCAACUAACCAAAGAUCUAAAGAGUUUGCCUAAGCAGACCAAAGCUACCAAGUACAGAGAGGUGAUGAAGCUGCUGCGCCUGGUCCUCAGCGGCCUGCAGCAAGGACCCAGUAUUGCCGAGAUGAUGGUAUCUCUGGGCCCCGCAGAGAUCAGACAUCGAUUCCAGAAGCUUCUGCUGCCUCCAGAUUCCUGUUAAAGAUGCUUCACAGAUAACCUCUCACUCUGUUAACUGUUCUGUAUGUUGAGAAAUACAAAACUUACAUCAAACUUGAUUACUCUGUCAAACAUGAAAGAGACUCAGCCGACUAAACAUUAUAAAUAUUUGAUGAUUUUGUUAGGUGUCUUAUAAGAUUUCUAUGUUUUGUUUGUAGAAAAAGUGCCUGACUCUAUGCACACCUGGAUGGGAAGUACCUUGCUGUUUUUUUAUGUAAAUGUUUUACUUCAGAAAAAUAACGUGUGCAUGCUCCACUGAUUCGAGAUGGAUGGAAUAAGUUGUUUUAAUUUGACAAUAUUAACAAGAAUAAUGACAAACUGUUUUAUUGUGACUGUUUUCUGGCUUUCGAAGGCCAUAUAAUGCAGUAAUCUCUUGUCUUUUUUUAGAUGUUGCAUCAUAUUUAUUACCCCAGAGGAACAGGAAGUUGUGAAUUACAGAUAAAUAAAAAGUUCACUGAAACUGUGAAGAACUUUGAAAAAAAGGUAAAAUAAUAAAGAAAAUGCUUCAGUUGGAGUCUUUCUAUGGGAAUUCUCUCAGGCGUCCAUUUGUGUCUCAUUUUCCACUCUGACUCAGUGUGCUCCAAACAAGUUUGCUAUAUAUAUGUUUUUUAUUUAGUUAUUUUUUUAAGUUUCUGAUUAGGUCACAACAGCAACAACAAUAACAACAAAAACUAGCAUCAAUAGUUGCAUUUCAAACUCUUAUCUCAAAAUAUACAAGACUAAUAUUCCAGAUGCAUGCCAAGUAUUUACAUCUGCUGUGAAAGUUUAAAAAAAACAUACUAUUUCCUCACUUUUUGGCUUUAAAUCAGAUUUAUGCCAUUCAAGAGUAUCACAAACAAUCCUUCCUGUUCUAAAGGCCAACAUAAUGAGAUAAUUUUGUUGCUGUCCACAAAUUCAGAAAACUACAUGAAUUAGGAUCACUAAGCCUUUUCUUACAAAUGAUGGCAUGCUUUGAAAGCUUCAGAUAUGUUGAUUUAUUAUUUUAAAGCAACUCCAACCUCAUUUUGGAGACAUGUUAUAAGAUUUAAUGUUUUAACAUUAAAAUUUUAUUACACAAUUUUCUCUCUGACCUGCCUGUGGUCUUUCUUGGUCUUCAUCCUGUUUGUUGACUAAUAUUCUGUUAAUAGUUCUUCACAUAGCAGCUUUAUUUAUGCUGAUAGUAUAUUGCACACUGGAAGAUUCUGUUUAGUUUUAUGACUUUUAAAAAUAAUAUAAUUAAGUUUGGAUGUUAUUUAUUGCUGUCAUUAGGACUGAACACAAAUGUCACACUUUCAGAUUUGCAUACCACAGAAAAUGUAUAAUACUAUUUUUGUUGCUAUUACUACUGUAUGAUAAUAUAUCUAUUAAACUGUC